AUGCCCAUUUUCGAGCAGGAUUCCUUAUGCGUAGUGGUCAUAAGCAAUGGACGCCACCUGUUCCCUCGUGUGGUCAAGUGGCGCCAGUGGAUACGUGGUCGGGCUCAGGAGAAGUGUUGGGAUAACAAGUUCAGCAAUGUUGCUGAAGAAUUUCCUACGAGCCAUGCGAAGCAGCAAGCGCUAUGGCCAACACCAAACUUGACAAAGCCAAAAAAGUCCGCAGAAAUGAAUGAAAAAUCAACAAAAAAGAACAGAGAAGUCAUCUAUUCCUACAUUGUUAAUGAGGUGAAACCUGUGCUCACCGAGCUCGGAAUCCCUACUCCAGAGGAGCUAGGCUAUGAUAAACCAGAAUUCUUCAUUACUCAGCCUGACGUUUGGUGGGAGAAGAAUGGUGUGCUGAGUAUGGAUACGACAAGAAGCUUGUCUUCUAAUAUUGAAGUAGUGUAG